AUGUAUUCUAAUAAUUUAAAUAUAUUAAGACUUUAUAAUAUAAUUUUAAAGUAUAAAACUCCAUUAAAAUAUUCUUAUAAUACUAUUCAUACGGUAUAUGAUAUUAAGGAUAAAAGAGAUGAAACGGAUUCAAUAGGAUUUGAUAAAAAUGAUCUAAGAAAAACAUGGACAAAUAAAGAUGAUAUUUAUCAAGAAUUUCUUGAUAUUGAUUUAUUUAAACCAACAGUUGAAACAUAUAAAGUUUGUAAAAUAACUAAUGAACGUAUUAGGGUAAAUUUACCUAUAGAUUCACUUGAAGGUUAUGAACUAAUAUCUGCUAUAGCUAAUUUAAUUGGUAUAUCUGAUAUUACACUUGAAUCAUUUAGUAAUAUAGAAAUUUCUCCCAAUUUGGAUAAAAAAUUAAUUAAUAAACAUUCAAUUAUGAUUUUAUUUAUUUUUGAUUCACAUGAAUUGAGGAAUUUAAUCCAAUCUUAUAUGUUAAUUAAUAUUCAUAAAUUUACACCAAUAGAAAUUAUUUAUACAUUUAAAGCCUUUUCUAAAUAUAAAAGAUAUAAAAGUUUUUUAAAUCUUUUAUGUUUAAUGUUUUAUGAUCAUAUGAUACCAAAUUUUACACACAAUUCAAAUUUAAGGUCAGGAAAUUUAGUAAGAUUGGAUAAUUCCAAUAUAAGGUCAAGUAAUAUAAGAUUGGAUGAAAUAAUAUUAUUUUUAAAAGUAUUAAAAGAUUUUAAAUUUAAAAAAUUAACAGAUGUAUUAUAUUCUCAUAUAUAUGAUCAUAUAUAUUCCAUUAAUCAUAAUUCAUCUUUAAAUCAACCUAUUACAAGUAGUAUAGAAAAUACUGUGGAAAAUAGUAUGGAAAAUGAUGUGGAAAAUGAUGUGGAAAAAAUUAGUAUAGAAGAUUUAAUUUUGAUAAAUGAAAUAUUUUUCAAGUAUAAACGAGAUCCAAAUUUUGUAGAAUUAUAUACGAAAAUACAUUCAAUAAUAUUUAAAAUACCAUUAUUAGAUUUUUAUAAUUUUGAACAAUAUACUUUGAAGCAAUUAAAUUUAUAUAAUUCUUCCGUUACGGUGCUUGGUCCCACGGGUACAAGUACAGAGGUUACUGGUACUAAGGAUAGUAGUAGUUCUACGUGUACCAUUGGACCAAGCACCUUAACUGAGGGAAAGGGAGCUAAUUCUACAGCCAUGGAGUGUACUAUGGCUACUACUGUAAGGGAUACCAGUACUAAUGGUGGUACCGUUGGAGCAAGCACCGUAACGGGGGUAACGGAGAAUCUAAAUAUGUUGAAAUGUAUUUUUGGAUGUAGAUCUGAAUUUCUUAUUUCAUCAGUACAUCAUAGAAUUGAAUUUAAACGAUUAUGGAAAUAUAAUAUUAUUAAUAAUAAUAUUCCUUGGAAAUUUAUUAACCCCGUUACGGUGCUUGGUCACACUGACAGUACAGUUGUACCUGGUACUAGUACUACAGGUACCAUUGGAGCAAGCAUCGUAACUGAAGGAAAGGGAGCUAAUUCUACAGGUAUGGAGUGUACCCCUGGAAAGGGAGCUAAUUCUACAGGUAUGGAGUGUACCCCUGGAAAGGGAGCUAAUUUUACAGCUAUAGAGUGUACUGGUGAGAAAAUUCCUAAUAAAAUUGCUGUUGUAACUAAAACUAGGGAGUCGGAUACUUUUACUAAGGAUACUAAGGAAGUAGGUGAGAGAGUUACUACUGAUGGACUGGAUGAGGGAGUUGGUUGCCGUGAACCUGACACCGUAACGGAGAAUCUAAAUAUAAAAAAUAUAAUAAUUCGAAAUUUUAAUUAUCAAGAUAAAACAAUUGAAUUUAUAACAAAUCUUAUCUCGACAGUUUUAGAUUAUUCAAGAUAUUCAAAUAGUAAAAAUACUUUCAAUAUAUUAUUAAAUUUAUAUUCAAUUGUGGGAAAUUUUAAUAAUAUUAAAUUAUCUCAAUUAAAAUUAAUAAUUCCUAAUACAUUACGUAAUAAUUCACAUGUUUAUUUUUAUAAAAUUGAUCCAAACAAAUUUUUUUAUCAACUACAUUCUAAAUUUAACAUAGAAUAUACUAUUGAUAGUGUUAAUACGGUUGAUACUGUUGAUACUACUGGAGAUAAUACUACUGUUGGAGAUAAUACUGUUGGUGAUAGAAUAUAUUAUUAUAAAUGUGAAUUACCUAUAUCAUUAUUAUUUGAAGGAAAUAAAAAGAAAGAUUUAAUGUAUUUUCUAUAUGUGGUACAGGAAUUAUUACAUCCAAUUUAUUGUUUUAAAUUAUCUCAUAUGAAACCAUUUUUAAAAAUUGAUUUAUUACACAUGUGUAAUAAAUUGAAUAAUGAAAAUGUUUUAGAAAUUUCUUCUAAAUGUGUUGAUACAAUUGAAGAACUAUUAAAAACACAAUUUAAAAAUCAUUUAAACAAUUUUAUACAAUUUUGUACUAACAUAUUAAAUGAUUUACUAGAAAGUGGUGAAGGUAGAGGUGAUGGUACAGGUAAGUUGGGUGGUCAGGGUCAGGAUGGUAUAGGUCAAUUGACUGAUGAUCCAAUUAAAUUGACUGAAGAUACAAGUAAAAUGGAUAAUUCAUAUCAGAUGAUGGAGAAAAUUGAAAUAUUAAAAACAAUUUUAAUACUUAAAAUUUGUAAUAAUGAAAUUUUACUACAUGAGUUUAUCAAUUCAACAGAAGAAUUAUUAAAUCAUUUCAAAUAUACUACAGAAUUGGAAAUAAAAGUUGGAAUGGAUUUGAAAUUAUUUGAUUGUGUAUGUGAUUUAAUGUUGAUUGAAUUUAAUGAUAAAGCGUAUCAUCUUUUAAUACAAUUAUUAAAAAUUAUACAUCAAAGAAUUGAUUAUUAUGAUUUUCCACAACAUAUCAAACUUAUUAAUUCAAUUUUAUUCUCAAUUAAACAUUUCUCAUGUAAUUCUUUAGUUACGGUGCUUGCUCCAACAAUAGUAGUUAAGUAG